GGGAACAAGCAAAGGCGCCAAUGAGUGGAGCCAACUGCUCCGUGGUAUCUGAGUUCGUGUUCCUGGGGCUCUCCAAUUCCUGGGAGAUCCAGCUUCUUCUUUUUUGCUUUUCUUGUAUUUUCUAUGUGUCAAGUAUGAUGGGAAACCUCCUCAUAGUGGUCACUGUGACCUUUGAGCCUUACUUACAGUCCCCCAUGUAUUUUCUGUUAGCUAAUCUCUCCACCAUUGACCUGAUAUUUUGCUCUAUUGCAGCACCCAAGAUGAUCUGGGAUCUUUUCAGGAAACAAAAAAUCAUCUCCUUUUGGGGCUGUAUAGCUCAAGUCUUCUUUAGCCAUGCUGUUGGAGGCACUGAGAUGGUGCUGCUCAUCGCCAUGGCCUUUGACAGAUAUGUGGCCAUAUGUAAGCCUCUCCACUACUUGACCAUCAUGAGCCCACGAGUGUGCAUUUUGAUUUUAGCAGUUGCCUGGACCAUUGGUCCCACUCACUCAUUGGCCCAGUUGGCUUUUGUGGUAAACCUGCCCUUCUGUGGCCCUAAUGUCUUAGACAGCUUUUACUGUGACCUGCCUCGGCUCAUCAAACUUGCUUGCACAGAUACCUAUAAACUGGGGUUCAUGGUCACUGCUAACAGUGGGUUCAUUUCCUUGGGUGCUUUCUUCUUGCUCCUCCUCUCUUAUGUCUUCAUCCUGGCCACUCUUCAGAAACACUCUUCAGGGGGUUCACCCAAGGCUCUUUCCACUCUGUCAGCUCAUAUUAUUGUGGUGGUUUUCUUUUUUGGUCCAUUGAUUUUUUUCUAUAUGUGGCCUUCUCCUUCAACACAUGUAGACAAAUUUCUAGCCAUAUUUGAUGCAGUUUUAACUCCUUUUCUAAAUCCAGUCAUCUACACCUUCAGGAACAGAGAGAUGAAGAUGGCAAUGAGGAGAAUGUUCUGUCAGCUUAUGCAGUUUAGAAAAAAUCACUAAGUGGCUUUAUUGAAACACACAACUUCCAAGAGACUACUGAUAAAUUUCCAUCCCUAAAGAGCCAGUUUUCAUGAAAAAGGGACCAUUUUUCUGAGGUUUUAUCUUUUUCUUUCAUUUAGAACACAUUUCUCUGUUUCUGCAUUUUUUUUCUCGACUUUCUGUGUUGAUUUCUCUGUAUGAAAUAAAACAGCCACCCCUCCCAGUCUUGAAGGCUCCUUGCAUAGGAGAUGAGGCUUAUGGUUCAAACCUGCCCUAGCUCUUGGUUGUCUUUCAAAUACUUGUGAUUUUCUUAGCAGCCUAUUUUAUAUUUUAUGGCCCCCAGUAGUUGUGCCAAGACCUGUUAGCGCCCAAAGAGGAGGAUCCUAGAUUCAGGCUGUUAGGAGGCUAGACCCUUAGGCAGCAGCUUUUAAAGUCUGCAAAUUGCUACAGUCCUGAGGGGCCACAGCAUAAGCCCCACUGUCCACCAGAGCCCAGAAAUCUCGAGGGGUGCCCUGAGUGGCUGUCGCAAAAACUGGGGCUCCAGAGGAGUAAGGUCCUGUCUGGGAGACAGAGGUGAGCUGUAGUGAGGCAGAGAGAGCACAAAGAUGCCUAUGUUCCCUGGAGCAGGUCCAUCAGAGGCCCCUACACUGGGGGCGACACCUGAAGCCGCCCCUCAGGCUGAAUCUCCAGGAGGAGGUAAUCACAGAAAGCCUGGGGGUGAGUCAGUCAGCUGUCUGUCAGGUGCCCUGGGGGUGGUAGCCAGCCAAGAACUGUCUGUCCAGUUGUUACAGUCCCAUUGGGACCCAGGAACGGGAAGACCCCGGGCUACCAGAGCCAGGUGCUCAAGGGGCGCCCCCUGGGCGCAGCUGCACAGACCGCACACC